GGUCACGGGAUGCAGUGAUUUUUCCGCUGGGGAAAAAAAGUUGCGGCGGGGCAUCAUUGUAUCAACUUUUCUUUGACUCUGGGGUUUGAUGAUUCUCCUCAGUCUCUAAAUCUCUUUCAACGCCUUCGUCAUUGUCUUCUCCUGCCCUGGCUCUCGCAGAUCGAUCUUUAUUCUUCCGACUCCACACUUCCUGAAUCCGGUCAACAAUUGACCUCGAGACCACCAUGGCUGCCAACUCAAUCAAGCUGUUGACUGGUAACAGUCACCCUGAGCUUGCGAACCUUGUGGCUGAUCGCCUCGGCAUUGAACUGACCAAGAUCAUGGUCCUUCAAUACUCAAACCAAGAAACGAGCGUGACCAUUGGUGAAAGCGUACGAGAUGAAGAUGUCUUCAUUCUGCAAUCCACGAAGCCCAACGAUAUUAACGAUGGUUUGAUGGAGCUUCUCAUCAUGAUCAAUGCUUGCAAGACAGCUUCGGCGAGACGUAUCACAGCUGUUAUUCCCAACUUCCCCUACGCUCGUCAAGAUAAGAAGGACAAAAGCCGUGCGCCUAUCACUGCAAGGCUUAUGGCCAACAUGCUUCAAACCGCUGGUUGUAAUCAUGUAAUCACCAUGGACCUUCACGCCAGCCAGAUCCAGGGUUUCUUCAACGUUCCGGUCGACAACUUGUACGCCGAACCAAGCAUACUGAAGUGGAUCCGGGAGAACCUCGAUGUGAGCAACUGUAUCAUCGUCAGUCCGGAUGCAGGUGGUGCUAAGCGUGCCACCGCUAUUGCCGACCGACUUGACCUGCAAUUCGCUCUUAUUCACAAGGAACGUCCUCGUCCGAACGAGGUCUCCCGCAUGGUUCUCGUUGGCAAUGUUCAGGAUAAGGUUGCCAUCAUCGUGGAUGACAUGGCUGACACAUGCGGAACUCUGGCCAAGGCGGCCGAUACGGUAAUGGAGCACGGAGCUAAGGAAGUGAAUGCGAUCGUUGUUCACGGUAUCCUUUCGGGCAAGGCCAUUGAAAACAUCAACAAGAGUUGCCUCAAGCGCCUUGUCGUCACCAACACUGUUCCUCACCAAGAGAAGAAGGAGCAGUGCGACAAGAUCGAGACCAUUGAUAUCAGCCCUACACUUGCCGAAGCCUGCAGGCGAACACAUAAUGGCGAAUCUGUGAGCUUCUUGUUCUCGCACGCUGUUGCUUAAAUGGCUGGACAGGGAUGAGUAUGUCGCAGUUGGUGUGAUUUUCAAGGGAUCUUUUACUGGGAAGGAAGAAGGGAACAUUACUCUUCUAGUUGCAAUUCAAAUGCUCGGCGCUUUUGAGAUUUGCAGUUUCUCCACUGGCAAUUGGAUCUUUCUUUUUGUUCUGGCCUUGAGACAGGGAAACUUACCGUCUGAUACCUAUACUAUAACGUGAUUAAGGCCAUGAUGCAUGCACGAGCCAUAAAUGGAAAAGGGAUGGCAAAUUCUGAAAAGUUUGUGGCGCCUAUGAUGAAUUGAAUUAUGCAUUUGUACAUAUACGCGUACUUGAGGAGUUGUGUUUUUUAUAGUUUUUCUAUUUUAUGGUGAUAGAGGAAAUCAGAGAAACCGAUAGCUUGGCCCACGCCA